AUGACAGACGCGUUCGCAUUUUCUUACCCCUCACCUCUUGAAGGGUAUGAGAAUCUGGAGCCACUCCCAGAGGUAAAGAGUGAUGACGGGAAGUCCCUCAUAAACCCCCAACAUGGUAUCUUGAGCAAAGCGUACGAGGAAUUUCCAGAUCCCCUGGCGAAGGACCAACAGGGCGGAUUUGACAUCCAUAUCUACUACUUCCAGAAUAACCCAGAUCAGGCCGCUUAUGCGAAAGCUCUGUGGCAAAGGGUCAGGCGCGAAUUUCCCGAGCUGCGCAUUUAUCCCCUUUAUGACAGGCCGAUAGGUCCGCAUCCAGUCGCCAUGUUUGAAGUCAACCUGUUCACGCCGGCCCAGUUCGGGGCUUUCGUCCCGUGGCUCGUCAUCCAUCGGGGGCCUUUAAGCGCCCUGAUCCACCCGAACACGGUGGAAGAGGAAGAAGAACGAAAUCAUACACAGCGUGCGACAUGGCUGGGAGAUAGGGUUCCUUUAGACUUGCGAGUUUUUAAAUUGUUGCAGGAGCGGCAGAGAAAGAAGGAAGCGGAAGUGGAAGUGGAAGAACGCGCCAGGAAAGAGUAA